UAUUAUUCAAGUUAGACAAUACGAGACGGCAAGACAAUAAAUUUCAUUUGAAACAGUACUUUUCAAACAAAUGUGUGUGCUUUAUUCAAUCAGUGAAUUGUACUUUAUUUACACGCAUUAAGAUAAAGUGAAAAUGUUUCGCCAUCGAACAUAUAAUAAGCACUAAAUUGGCCAUACUCGACACAGUUCAGAAAUUGAAAGCGACAAGAGUGUGCACAUACUUGUGAUUAACUGAAAUCGAGUUGUAAUUAAAACAAAAGUUUGCGCGUGUAAAUUAAUUUAAAGUGGAGUGUUGGGCCAUAUGAUGGGCAAUAUGAUGAAACUAACGUUACUGCAGUUGCUUGUGCUCUCAUUGUGUGUCAUGGUGCAGCAUGCAACAAGUUUGCCGAGUGCAACGCUGACAUUGCCACAAGCGGUGGAGUCGCCAAGCCAACAGGCGGCGGUUGCGGUGGCGGCCACAGCGCCAGAGGCUGAGAACGAAGUCAACAAGGCGGUGCCGAGUGCAGUGGUGACAGGCGCUGAAGUUGCGGUUGCUGCGGCGCAGUCGCUGUCGAUAUUGCCAGCGGAUGAGCUUCCGUCGCGCACACAAUGUGGUAAAGUUGGUGAUUUUUGCAAUUUGGCCGAUGAUUGUUGCACGAAACGCUGUCUCACUUAUGCUAAAAGAUGUGUGACCUAAGCAAAUCGGGCUCUAAUUGAUUUAUUUGGUAAAGAAUGUUCCAUUACUUCAAAACUUUGUUUGCAAAAUAAAAAGUAUUACAAAAUUAUCGUAAA